GACCAUCAGCACAAUCAGCUGCAGCUGCUUAAGUAGCAGCGGGUUGCUGGUGCAGUGACCUGCCUGUGGGUUUGUGGAGAUGGCUGGUGGAGUUGUUGUGGGGAUCUUGUUGCUUCUUGUUCAAGCAGAGCAUGAGUGUUCCUGGGCUACAGCUGCACAAAGCUCCCAGAAUGCUGACCAACAUGUUGGCUUCCAGCAGCGAGAUGGCAGACUGAGGAACCUCGGUGGCCCUCCCCAGAAGCAGCUCAGACGAGCUGUCUUUGCUCCUCGCUCUGCCUGGAGAAGCAGCUUCAGCCCUCAGACUACAGGUGACGGAGGUUCUGGUCCAAAUGUAGAGGCUGGUUCACAGGCAAAGCCAAGGCAGAGCAGCCUGCUGUCAGAACUGAACCAGCAAAGUGAGGGUCACACUUGGACUCUGAAAGAGAAGUUUGGUUCCUCUGCUGCUGAUCCCAGAGAAGAUGCUGUGACUCAGAACCAACAGAACUGGAAGGAUGGUGCUGGAACUGGGCUAUUUAAGAAUUCCCUGUAUAUGGGCAAAGUCUCACCCGGCAGCCCCAAAUUUGGUCCAGGUUCUUCUGGGAAAAGCCCAUCUUUCAGUGAACCCUCUGGGUCUGCACAGCCAGAGCCCUCCAGCUCCUUCAGAGGCCAAGCUUCUGCUUCGCUGUUCAGUCCGGUUGGACCAGCACCACCAGGCCGCAGAGUCUGGAUGCAGACGUAUGCUCGAGCUCCUGCACGCAAAAGGACUCUGCAGCAUGGAGCUAAAGCUGCACGGAGGUCCACAGAGACCGAGAACCCAAGGAGCAGACCUGGUUCUGAAACCAGGCCCGAAGCCGCAGGGAGCUACAAACCCAGAAUCCUCACAGUGGAGCGGCCGGCUCCGGGCUUGGCUCCAGCUAAAGUCUAUGACAUCCCACCGUCUUUUGGUGGGUGGGCUAUCAGACGGCUUGGACAUUCAGACCAGAACCAUGUGGAGGUCCAGAAUCCCCAGCUGAAGCCUACAUUUCUACAGCAGAAGGAAGUCCUCAAGGCCAAGGUCCCAGGUCUUCAUCCAGAGUCCAGAUGGAGCAGAGUGAGGCUGCGUCCCAAACUGUAGCAGACUGGAGGUGGAACCUUUGACUUUGAACCAGGAAACUAACACAAAUGGUUCAUGAUCCACUUUAGUUUCUAUCCCAUCCCAGUUAACGCCACAUGCGUUCAAGAACAAAGACUCAUCCAGCAGUCUGACUUGUCAAUUUAAUGGAGUAAAAUUAUUCUAAUCUAAA